AUGUGCAGGCUGUUCGUCAACACCUCCUACUAUUGUACCGAGGAUUGCAAGUACAUCGCCCAUCCAGUUUGGAGUACGCAUUGUCCAAUCACGCAUAGAGAUGGCCCAUGUGAGGAAACAGAAAAGAAUUGUAAAGGAUUUAUAGAAGAUAAAACCUACAUAAAGUUGAACAAAGAAGGUCCAGACGCUCGAUGCCCAGACCAUAACGAUGUUAGAGACCUGAACAAGGCUACCGAAGCUGUGAGAAGGGACGGGAGCCAUCUUUGGGUUUACACGGGUAAUCAAGCAACAUUGUCCAAAUCCCAUGAGAGAGUACAGCUCGAAAUAUCGAAAAUACUCGUUCUGGAAAACCCACAUCGAUAUGAGAAUGAUAUGCCUGUAAGUUCCUCGGGUCGCGUAUGGGAAAAAUACUAUAAGGAGACGUACAAUGCCCGCGCAGAUGCUGGCUGGGGACAACUGUACAAAUCCGACCCACUCCCCUGGGGUGAAGCUCGUGAUAAGGAAAUAAAGAGACUCCAGGGAAAUUUGUCUCCCGAUAUACCUUCAGGCACGGAGGGUGAUUACCAAAAUCGUUCUCGCAGUAUAGAUGGUAGAGGGAGUGAUAACCUUCCUUCUGCUCAAACUCUCACAUAUGAUCCGACGAACCAGAAUGUAGGGCAGGCUACUGGUCCUGUUGAUCCCUUUUAUGUGGACGCUUGCUUUAUGUAUUACUAUAUGGACGACGUUGCAGGCUCUCCCUCAAACUUUGCUACCAACCAGGCUGGUGGAAGCGGCCAGAACGACGGGAUUGGAUCCACAUAUCCUGCUUCGCACCCGGUCCUUGGACAAGCCUCCACAUACCUACCUCCUAAUCCGGCUAUAGGAGGGUUCGCUAUUAAUGCUCCUCCUGACCAGGCUGCUUGGGACGGUCUCGCAUAUUUUCCGCAGGGUGGCAUGCUUCCUCCGCAGCCACAACCUCCGUACCAUGCUGUAGCAGAUAUUCCUACAAAUCCUCCUCCCGACAAUGCUGGUUGGAACGAUUACAUAUUCUUUCCGCCCACAUAUCAAAGUGACGGCCGAACCUCUAGGUCGGGUUACGAAGCCUUCUAA